GAGACCCGCCUCCCGCCUCAGCGCGGUGCGAGCUGCGGACUCGCUCUGAUGGAAGCAGCCGGUGGAGCAGGAGGAGAAGCCGGCUGCGUCGGCGGCAGAGGCGGGGAGUCUCCGCCGCCGCCGCCCAAGACGCUGGUGGACUGGGCGCUGGAGAUCCUCGACACGGCCGACCCCGACGAGAAGGCCCGCCUGGGGGACCUCGCCGCCGCGGAGUGGCUGCGCGGCGCCAUCCCGCUCCCCUACGACCCGGCGCGCCCCCCGCGGCCCCCGCCCGACCGCCCGGCCCGGAGCGACGCCGUGCGGCUGCUCCCGCCGUCGCAGAUGCCCAAGCUGGGCAAGGGCGGCAGCGCGCAGAGCCGGCUGGCGCUGCUGCACUCGCUGGCGCACACCGAGAGCUGGGCCGUCGACCUCUCCUGGGACAUCGUCGCCCGCUUCGGCGCGCGGCUGCGCAUGCCCAGGGAGUUCUUCGACGACUUCGCCCGCGUCGCCCAGGACGAGGGCCGCCACUUCACGGUGCUCUCCGCGCGCCUGCGGGAGCUCGGCUCGCACUACGGCGCGCUCCCCGCGCACGACGGGCUCUGGGACUCGGCGACGCGCACCUCGCACUCCCUCCUCGCCCGCCUCGCCGUCGAGCACUGCGUCCACGAGGCUAGGGGAUUAGAUGUCCUACCUACCACCAUAUCAAGAUUCCGCGCAGGUGGGGAUGAACAAACAGCCAAAUUACUAGAAAUUAUUAUUUAUCCUGAGGAGAUAACACACUGCGCAGCUGGUGUUAGAUGGUUCAGAUACCUGUGCCUCCGGUCUCACAAUGGUGAUCCAACCGCCAGUUCAGUUCCGCAGGAUAUAACACAGUGCUCUGUGCUCCCACGAGGUGGUACCAGUGACAUCAACAAGGUUGAAGAAGUGGAAGAUGGGCCGGAAGCCAAGUUGGCAGAACCCUCUAAUGGCCAUGACAAAACAGUCCAACAGGUGGAGGAUGAACUGGCACAAUGCAAACUGGUCGACAUUGACGACGAUGCCGAGGCAGCAGUCAUUCGGACUUUCCACAGUGUUGUUAGAGAGUAUUUCCGGGGACCCCUGAAGCCUCCCUUCAAUACAGAGGCGAGGAAAGCCGCUGGCUUCGAUCCUGCCUGGUAUGAACCCUUGGCAGUGAAGGAGGUCGAGAGACAAGCAGUUGAGUGAGCUGUAUACUUCCUGCCAUGUAGCAGGCUAGAACCUCUUUCCUGUCCCUUCUUUUAGCAGGAUGACUUACUGAACUUGUGAUUAGGGCUGAAAAUGGAGCGGAUAGUUUCUGUCUGCUCCGGAAAAAAACGGAUACGGAGGUAGCUCGGAGCGGAUAUUUCCCGGAUAA